AUGUCUGUUACCAAAGUCCACGCUCGCCAGAUCUUCGACUCUCGUGGCAACCCCACCGUUGAGGUCGACCUUUACACAGAUAAAGGUCGUUUCCGUGCUGCUGUCCCCUCUGGUGCGUCGACCGGUGUCCACGAAGCCGUCGAGCUUCGCGAUGGCGACAAAGCCAACUACGUGGGAAAGGGUGUCUCCAAGGCCGUUAAUAACGUGAACACUGUUCUUGGCCCAGAGCUGAUCAAGUCUGGCCUUAAGGUCACUCAGCAGACGGAGAUCGACGACCUCCUGAUCAAGCUCGAUGGCACUCCUAACAAGGGCAAGCUUGGUGCCAACGCUAUUCUUGGCGUUUCUAUCGCCUGCGUAGAGGCUGGUGCUGCCGAGAAAGGUGUUCCUGUAUACCAGCAUCUCGCUGAGUUGGCUGGUGUCAAGCCCCCCUAUAUCAUGCCUUGUCCUGCGUUCAACGUCAUCAAUGGUGGUUCACACGCAGGCAAUAAGCUGGCAUUCCAGGAGUUCAUGCUCCUUCCUACCGGUGCUACCUCGUUCACUGAAGCGAUGAAAAUCGGUACCGAGACCUACCACACGCUGAAGAAGGUCAUCAGCGCAAAAUACGGCAUUGAUGCCGUCAACGUUGGUGAUGAAGGUGGAUUUGCCCCCAAUGUCUCGGGAGCUGACGAGUCUCUGGAGCUUCUCACGGAGGCUAUCAGCAAGGCCGGAUACGAAGGCAAGAUCAAGAUUGCUCUUGAUGUUGCUUCAUCCGAGUUCUACAAGGACGGCAAAUAUGACCUUGACUUCAAGAACCCCAACUCCGACCCUCAGAAGUGGAUCUCAGGCACUGAGCUCGCAGACCUCUACCUUAGCUACGUCAAGAAGUACCCCAUUGUCUCCAUCGAAGAUCCUUUCGACCAAGACGAUUGGGAGGCAUGGACCCACUUCACCAAGAACAGCUCAGUCCAGAUUGUCGGUGAUGACUUGACUGUUACCAACCCUCUUCGCAUCAAGACGGCCAUUGAGAAGAAGGCAUGCAAUGGUCUCCUCUUGAAGAUCAACCAGAUUGGUACCAUCUCGGAAUCCAUCCAGGCUGCACAACUUGCUCAGUCUGAUGGCUGGGGAGUUAUGGUGUCACACCGCUCUGGUGAGACAGAGAACACCAUCAUUGCUGACUUGGUCGUUGCCCUUGGAACCGGUCAGAUCAAGACAGGUGCGCCCGCUCGUAGCGAGCGUGUCGCAAAAUACAAUGCAUUGCUGCGCAUUGAGGGGGAGAUCAAAGACGGAGUCUAUGCUGGUGACAAAGGUCUUUCUGCUGGUUUGACAGCCCCUGCUCUGCUCAAAAAGUAG